AUGGCUGGUGGGAAGAGGGAGGAGGGAUGUUUCAUCGAGGCCGAUAUUAUCAGUCCCAAACUUACUCCUCCGCCUGGUGCUCAACUAUUCGUACAGUAUCAGGGUCCACUAUGGAUCCAUUUUAUCCCUAUCCGUGAACUUUUGAAGUACUUGACUUUUCUAAUGGUCGCAACGGCUGAAAGAGUACUUUAUGAGUUCAAUAUAAGUGUCCUCGCUCAUCUGGCCAAUCAGCGUGAAGCAGCCCUUUUGGGGAAAAUUCGUCUCUGGGAGAGGAAUGAGAUGGAGAGACAAUUGCUGUUGAUAAUCCCCGAUCACACACACACAUACUAUUACUUUCUCUCCCAUCAUCACCUCUCAAGCUCUCUCUCCUCAUCAGCGGCAGCUGCAUCCUCAUCUCCUCUCCUCCGUAUGCAUUCUGCCGCUGUACGGAGACCCUUUGCGGGUCUCGUGGCCCAAUGGCCCUCCGCCUCAACACACCACUCAAUUGUCGCUCCGUCGAUUGUGCAAAAUGUCUGCCGCAGACACGAAUCCUCUUUUCGCCGAACCAAGCAACGAUUACGCCUAAGGCCUGAUGAGACUUUCGGUGCCGCUUCCUCUGACGUUCAGCAAGAUCACAUCGUCUUCAAUCCGCCCUCAUCGGCUCCCUCCGUCUAUCACACCCCGGCUCUCUUUCUCCCCCGAAGUGACCGCCGUCGAGAGCUCUUUGCCGGCAGAAAUGCUGAUGAGACCGCCGGCAAACUGCCACCGCCUGUGCGGAAACCCUACGAGAAGUCAUAUCAUCUGACUGAAGCCGACAUUGAGGAGGUGCGCCGCCUAAGAUCUGAGAACCCGGCCGAGUGGACGCGCGCGAGAUUGGCGGACAAGUUCAACUGCUCCAGUCUCUUCAUCGGCAUCAUUUGCGAGGCCAGCAAGGAACACAAGGCCAAACAACAGCAAAUUUUGGACACCGUCAAAUCCAAAUGGGGUCGGAAACGACGAGAGGCGAGAGAGGACCGCGCCCGGAGACGGGACGCUUGGUCAAGGGACGAAUAAGAGGGUGGUGAAAACGAGCUUCUCCAUUCGCCAUUUCUCGGACGACAUUACCAUUUUCACUCGCCCCAGGAAGCGGAAUCCUCUCUCUGAGCAGAUGCUAUCUUAUAGCGGCGAGCUCACCAU